AUGUCCAGGUUACCCAACAUCACACUCAUUCUCUUCUGCUGCAAAAUGGGGAUUCUCACAUCUUGCGCAUGUCUGCUCGGAGGGGCCCUCGUUGCAGAUUUUCGGUGGGCUUCUUUUCCUAUUCUUCUUCUGCCUUAUUCUUCUUCCAAUUUCUUUCCAAUUUGUGCGCUUGACAAAUCUGGGACCUUGGUUGUACCAAAUGUCACCGCCAAUGAAGCUGACCCAGGGGGAAUGUUGUUUUCUCAGCCCAAAAAAGGAAGUUUCAAAGACAAAAAGGAACAUGCUUCGGUGAGAUUAUUAUCUGGAACUUUUGCUGAUAUAGCUGCACCUGAGUUAACAUGGGAGAAAAUGAGGCCCACACCGGUGCCUCGUCUCGAUGGCUCUUCAAUACAGAUUAAGAAUAUAUUUUACGUGUUUGCAGGAUAUGGCACAAUUGACCAUGUGCACUCUCAUGUUGAUUUAUACAAUUUCACUGACAAUACAUGGGGGGGAAGAUUGGAUAUCCCAAAAGAGAUGGCGCAUUCGCAUUUAGGAGUGGCCACUGAUGGAAGAUACAUAUAUGUGGUAUCAGGACAAUAUGGUCCCCAAUGCAGAGGGCCUACAGCUCGUAUAUUUGUGCUGGACACAGAGACAAAGAAAUGGAGCAGUAUGCUUCCAUUACCUUCCCCCAGGUAUGCUCCAGCAACUCAAUUGUGGAGAGGCAGACUCCAUGUGAUGGGUGGCAGCAAAGAAAACCGCCAUACGCCUAGUGUGGAUCACUGGAGUAUUGCUGUGAAGGAUGGCCAAGCAUUGGAGAAAGAGUGGUGGAAAGAAGCACCCAUUCCCCGUGGGGGACCACAUAGGGCUUGUGUUGUGAUGAGUGAUCGCCUCUUUCUUAUUGGUGGUCAAGAGGGUCAAUCUUCUAACAGGGCUUGUAUUAUUGUGGUUUACGGGGAUGCUUAUAUGCUGGAUGGUGAAAUGAAAUGGAAAGUGUUGCCUCCCAUGCCAAAACCCAACUCUCACAUAGAGUCGAGCCUUGCGGCUAUAAUGGAAACGUAUCAUACAAAGAAGACUAGAGCCGCGCGGCUAUACUCUUUAAAUAUAUCACGAAGCUUGAACUCGCAGAGGACGGAACUUUCUCUCGCAGUCACUGCUUCUUCCUCCGAGUUCGGCACCGAAAAAAGACCCAACCCGCCUAGCUCCCGCCUACUACACCUAGCCUCCUAG